CCCAUUCCUCCUUCUCUUGUGCCAUUGAAAUCUUCAUACCGCCUCGAGCUUUAAGCAUCAUUAAGAAGUAACAAAUUAUGUAGUGGUGGUCACAGUUCACCAGUGGACCAGUGUCGUUCUGUCUCUCGAAAAAUAUACAUUUCCACUCGCAAAAAUUCGGACAAUGAAGGGCACACUGCUUUUCUUGGUCCUGUUAAUAUCAUCAACUAUUGCCCAACAUCGAAUAGUUAGAGCUAAGUUAGGUAAUCUGGGAGCACCUCAAACCAUAGAUUUACCAGACUUAGGCUUCGCACAAGGUUUUUUACCCUCAUCUUUGGCAAAUGCUAAACAUGUGAAUAUUAAAAUAAGUAAAGCAAAAUCUUCAGGAUUUGGCGCAGGUAGUGGAAACGCUGAACAUGGAGAAAAUAUUGGAUUUACUGCAAGAGGUGCAUUCUCCGAUAAUUCUGGUGCCAAUAUUAAUGGAAUUAGAGGAGGGUUUGGUUUUUCCUCUAAUGGAGGUAGUACAGCAAGUGCAGGCAAUACAGGAUUUGGAGUCAAAGCACAGUUAUCCGCUAACAAUGCAGGUGUUAGAGGAGGAUUUGAUUUUUCCUCCAAUAGAGGUAAUGCCGUAAAUGCAGGAAAUACAGCAUUUGGAGCAACAGGACUGGACAACUCCGCAAAGGAUUCAGCUAACUUCCAUCAAAAUACCGGAAAAAUUAAUAAUGAAAUUAGAGGAGGUUUUGGUUUCUCAUCACAAGGCAGCUUAUCUGGAAAUACUGGAUUCGGUUUUACUUCCAACGAAGGUAACACUGGCACAACAAGUAAUGGAAAUCUUGAUACCGGCGUUACUCUUGACUCCUUCGAAUUCUUUGACAAACAUUUACAUGAAGCCGGUCCACACUUAUCACCUUUUCCAAUUAUUCCAUCAAAUAUUUCUCAUGAAGAUAGAGGAUCCCAACAUCAAAGUGGGUUCUCUGGCGGUUUCACAAAACUACCUGGAACAUCAAUUCCUCAACCAUUUAAUCAUAAUCAGGGAGCUUUUAAUGACUUCCCUGGUACACGUCCACCUACAAAAACAACAACAAAACCCACGACAACAACGACUACAACUACGCCACGUCCAUUCGAAUUUUCUGGUCAUAUCCCAACCUUACCAGUGCACGAUUUUACUGCUAGUGCUCCUCGACCUGUCCAAGAUUUUGAAAACAAUCUUCCACAACCUGUCCAAGAUUUUAGAAAUAAUCCUCACCCACCUGUACAAGAUUUUAGAAACAAUAUUCCGCCACCUGUGCAAGAUUUUGGAAACAAUCCUCCUCAACAUACACAAAACGUUAAUCAACUAUCUGCGGAUUUCCCUCAGGUACCAGCUCUGUCUGGACAAAGUUUCGAAGAGGUUAUAGAACAGGAAUGGAGUUCUUUUACAACGAGAUUUAAUAAAGUGUAUGCCAGCCAAGAUGAAGCAAGAUUUAGGCGAGAAGUUUUUAUCGAAAACAGAGCAAAAAUUAUGCGGUUCAAUAUGGAUUACGCCGAAGGAAGAAGAAACUUUGUCUUCAAAAUUAACGAGUUUGCCGAUAUGUUGCUUCACGAAUUCAAUAACAACUUUAACGGGUUCAAUAGAAGUAGAAGGGAACCUGAUGUACCUUUGAAACCAGCUUCAACAUUCGUCCCGAGUGCGAAUGUUGUUUUCCCGGACAGUGUCGACUGGAGGAUGGUAGGAGCUGUCAGCCCUGUUAAGAGUCAAGGAAAGUGCGCAGGUUGUUGGGCUUUUGCCGCGGCCGGAGCAUUAGAGGGUCACACCUUUAGGAAAACUGGAAAGUUAGUCGAAGUCAGCGCCCAAAAUUUGAUCGAUUGCACACAACCGUAUGGAAAUAAUGGAUGUGCGGGUGGACUAAUGGAUCCUGCAUUCGAAUAUGUAAGAGAUAACAACGGUGUCGACUCGGAUCAAUCGUAUCCUUAUGAAGGAGUGAACGGACAGUGCAGAUUUAGGAGAGAGGAUGUUGUUGCCACAUGUACUGGUUUUGUGGAUAUAGGAGAGAACGACGAAAAAGGUUUAGAGAUAGCUCUAGCAACUUUAGGUCCAGUGACAGCAGCAAUCGAUGCCGGUAAGGAGACUUUCCAGUUUUACUCAGAGGGAAUAUACGAUGAUCCAGCUUGCGGAAAUACCCCUGAACAAAUGAACCACGCAGUUCUAAUAGUUGGAUAUGGACAAGAAGCUGAUGGUAGAAAAUACUGGUUGGUGAAAAAUUCAUACGGUCCCAACUGGGGUAUAGGAGGAUAUGUAAAGAUGGCCAAGGAAAAUAAUAACCAAUGUGGUAUUGCCAUUCAAGCUAGUUAUCCGCUAGUGUAAAGUAUUUUAGAAUAAAUAACUUAAAAAACAAUAAUUAAGAGUUUUGUACAUAUUACUUAUAUUUAUAUCUUUGAAGUUUGUACCGAGUACCUACCGUAUUGUAUACAAUAUUAGAAGAAAAACAGAGUUUGAAUUAUAAGAACUUAAAAAUGUCAAGCAUACAGACUGAAAUGAAAGUAGAAAUGAAUUUUAAUAAAAAAGCCUAACUUUU